CCUUAUUUAAAGCUAAUACUCCUUGCUCUCAGUUGUCAAAUCCUGAUCUUUCCCACACAUGCACAUACUUACGUCUGGACACAUACAUGUCAGCAGAAUGCUAUACAAGCUCUCAGGAUUACUGUUGCUCCUGCUGGACCUAGCGUUAACUGCGGGUCAGUUAGCAGAUGACACCCUGAAUAAAGGAGACGUGAAUGACACAGAUCAAGAGGACUUACAUCACUAUGCUAAAUGUAAUGAAACACUGUUCAUGGAUUCAUUACAAAUAUUUUGCAUGGUGAAUUUUGAUGAGCAAAUGAGCAACCUGGGGCAAGAGAACUGGUGUGAUUGGGACAUGGUGCUCAGUAAUUACAAUGACCUGACCCACUGCAUGGAGUUUUGUGCUUUGCACCUACAUUGUUACUACCCAAACACUGUUGUGCAGAAGCUGUUUGUGGAAGUCCAUAAUCAAUACUUCAGCUUGUGUGGCACUAAAGAAGACACUCUCCCAGAUGCCCCAGCGAGGGUUGUCCUCGUUCUCACUCUGCUGCCUGUCAGCGUCAUUCCAAUACUGGUCUAUAUGGUCAUCUGGAAGAGCAGCGUUAUUGACUGAGAAACACAAAUACACACAAUUCCAUGCUAUUUUAUGCACUUCAUUUGAAAUACACCAAAAUAUGAAACUGUAAAGCAAUACACUGUAAUACAAUGUAAAGCAAUCAAUGUACAUAAGAUGUCUGUUAUUAGUUCAAGUAUAAAAAAAGUCCACUACCAAGAACUUCUAAUGUGGUGAUAAUAAUAAUAAUAAUAAUAAUAAUAAUAAUAAUAAUGAUAAUAACAAAAAGCUAAAUCAUUCUUUACUGAUGUUGAGUAGAAAACAAAAAACACUGAUGAGUUAAAAUAUUGCUACUGAAGCGACUAAGAAGAUUACCCAAUUUUCCACUUACAAAAACCACUUAUGUAACUACUUUACAAAUGACAUUUUUUACAUGUCUACAAUUGAAUCCAAAGAUGUUCUAUACCUGAGGAAUACAUUUUUGAACAAUUAUGCUAACUAACCAGGUGAGCUACGCUCAACAGUAAACAAUAGCUGGCUAGCUAGAUUUGUUCGCUAGCUAGCUCAUGUCAUUUCUAGCUACAUAAUUAGCAAACAUGCCUCUUACUCAUAAUCCUGAGUGAUAUCUAUAGACUGGAGCAGCACUUAGAUAUAUUUAGCACAACAAGCAUUUAUUACUGAACAGUGAAGCGAGGAGUUUAAUACAGAGCAUUCAUACUGUACAACCUGAAAAGAUCUGGCUAAGCUAGUCCAGCUCACAUAGUCUGCCGUUUAAUGUCUUACCUGUACAUGUUUCUGCAGGUUUGAAUGAAAAUUACAUCACUUUGAAUUAAAUAUAUAUCACAACACAUAAAGACUAAAAUAAAGACUAAAAUAAAGUAGCAUUUGAUUCCAAUUUUGGUUUCACACAAGAAUUUCUCAAACAGCUAGAUACUUAUAUAACAAUAUUAAGUAAUGAAUAAAACAAACUAACUGAGGCAAAAUCUGUAUUAAUUUAAGAAUAACAGUGAAAAAUAAGUUCAUGGUAGUUGGUUAGUUCUUGGUUUGACUGAUUGUCCUGUGCUGUGUUAUUGACGUAAACUGUAAUUGCAAUUAAACUGCUGUUCUUUAGUUAUGAUUGUAGAUUCAAUUAUCGAAUGUGUUUUAAUGCAUUUUUUUUUUUGUAUUUGAAUUUAUUGAAAGCAUUAAAUACUGUAUAUGGAAACCAA